AUGACACUUUCUUGUAACUGGAAGAAACUGGAAUCAGUUUUAGAUGGUAAUGCUGGAAACUUGGAUACCAAAAGACGUAAGAAAGGUAUUGGAUGUAAGAUAGACACUAAAUCAAGCUCAUCGCCAUCUUUAAAGGUCCAUAAAAGUGUCAAAACCUCCCGUAUAAUGAAGAUGGUUGAAUCUAUGAAUAAGGAGAUUGAAUCAGCUAAAACAAAGAACAAUAAGGAGAUUGCACUAAACGAAAAUACGAGUAAUAGUAAGAAGAAGAAGAAGAAGAAGAAGAAACCGACAAGCAACAACCGUAAACCCAAAAUAGGAAAGUAUAUUGCUUUAGAUUGUGAAUUUGUGGGGGUCGGGUAUAGAGGGAAAGUUUCUGCGCUUGCUAGAGUUACUGCGGUUAACUACUGUGGAGAACAACUAUUAAAUCUAUAUGUGAAGCCAAAAGAGCAAGUUACAGACUGGAGGACAUGGGUUAGUGGUAUUAGGCCGGAAGAUAUGAAAAAUGCGGUUAAUUUUGACGUUGCUAGGAAGGCUGUUGCUGAUUUGAUUGAGGGGCGAAUUUUAAUAGGACAUUCUAUAUCUAAAGAUUUGAAGGUCUUGCGUCUUUCGCAUCCUCGUAAUUUAACAAGAGAUACCGCUAUGUGUGGUUUUUUAAAGGAGAAAUACGGCUAUAUUGGCACACCAAGUUUGAAGAAACUUGCUACUGAUGUUUUAGGAAUUGAAAUUCAAAAGGCUGAGCAUUCUUCUUUGGAAGAUGCAAAGGCAACUUUGGAAAUAUAUAAGGCACACAAGGCAGAUUAUGAUUCGACACUAUAUUCUAGGAAUAAUCGUAACGACUGA